AUGUUUGAAACACUCCCGGAAGAACUCCUUCAUCAAAUCAUAGCUAUGUGCCACUCCAUAGACUAUGAUGUGUUUGCAGACCGAUCCCCAGAACCAUUGCUCGCCCAUCGUAACGAGAUGGCGCGGCUGCUCCUUGUUUGCCACCGUUGGCGGCGUGUUGCCACUCUAUUGAAAUAUGAAACGGUCAUUGUCACCUCUCAGGCCGAGGCCAGCAUCUUGGCCUCUAUUCUAUCUCGAGGUGGGGUCGGUUCCUAUGUCAAGAGACUCCGGAUAGAGGGCGAAUUUGGCCAGGCUCUACGCACAAUUCUUUCCAAAGUCCCAAGGCUCGUGGCCCUCUCCGUCUCUCUUGAUAUUACUUCAGAGUCGAAAGGUGCUGGUCCAUGUGCUGGGGCACGAACGCAACGUUCAAGGGCCCUCGCAAGAGCUCUCGUCCACAUACCAAAGUUACAGAUUGUAUAUGUUCCGCGAGCGUAUUACAUUAGCGAGGACGACGUAGUACUGAAUGCCAUCAAGAAUGCUUCUGUACAGAGGAUUUAUAGUUGGAUCCCCUGGCAAGAUGGCUUUAUCAUCCCUCCUUUGGACAGGUACUCCCGACUUCGCGAUACUAUUUACCUCCCGCUCCCAGGACCAUGGUUGCGACCCACGUAUGCUGCCAUUGGCCAAGGUUGGCCUGGCGACUUGUUUCCGACAACUUUUACGUUCUGUACCCAGUCACACGUGUACAGGAGAUUGUGGUCGGAUCGAUUGUAG